GCAGCGGGUGCGCGCAAUUACGCAACACCCCCGCCUGUCCUGUCCUGUGCGCUAUAACCGGAUCAGCGUCUCCCUACAGCUUCUCCGGUCCCGCAGCCUGACCUGACACCGCGCAGCUCUCAGAACACAUCUCAUAUCGCUCUCCCUCAACAACUUGGCUCAAGCAGACGUGUCUUGUGACCUCCGCCGUCUCCAGUCGCCAUGGGAAAGGAGAAACUUCACAUCAACAUCGUAGUGAUCGGCCACGUGGACUCCGGCAAGUCCACCACCACAGGCCACCUCAUCUACAAGUGCGGCGGCAUCGACAAGAGGACCAUCGAGAAGUUUGAAAAGGAAGCUGCUGAGAUGGGGAAGGGAUCGUUCAAAUACGCCUGGGUGCUGGACAAGCUGAAGGCCGAAAGAGAGCGCGGCAUCACCAUCGACAUCUCGCUGUGGAAAUUUGAAACCAGCAAGUACUAUGUGACCAUCAUCGAUGCCCCGGGUCACAGAGACUUUAUCAAGAACAUGAUCACAGGGACCUCACAGGCAGAUUGUGCCGUGCUGAUUGUGGCAGCUGGCGUCGGGGAGUUCGAGGCAGGGAUUUCCAAGAACGGUCAGACCCGUGAGCAUGCCCUGCUGGCCUACACGCUGGGAGUGAAGCAGCUCAUCGUGGGCAUCAACAAGAUGGACUCCACCGAGCCAAACUACAGUCAGAAGCGCUACGACGAAAUCGUGAAGGAAGUGAGCACGUACAUCAAGAAGAUUGGCUACAAUCCAGACACCGUUGCCUUUGUGCCCAUUUCAGGCUGGAACGGAGACAACAUGCUUGAGCCCAGUCCCAAUAUGAAUUGGUUUAAGGGCUGGAAGAUCACCAGGAAAGAAGGCAACGCAUCAGGCACCACUCUCCUGGAGGCUCUGGAUGCUAUUCAGUCUCCAUCCCGUCCAACAGACAAACCUCUGCGUCUGCCCCUGCAGGACGUCUACAAGAUUGGAGGUAUUGGGACUGUGCCAGUGGGCCGUGUGGAGACCGGAAUCCUCAAGCCUGGCAUGGUCGUGACGUUUGCCCCCGUCAAUGUGACCACUGAGGUGAAGUCUGUGGAGAUGCACCACGAGGCCCUGACUGAAGCGCUGCCCGGCGACAACGUGGGCUUUAAUGUCAAGAACGUGUCAGUCAAGGACAUCCGCCGUGGCAACGUUGCCGGAGACAGCAAGAACGACCCACCACAGGAAGCUGCCAACUUCACUGCCCAGGUGAUCAUCCUGAACCACCCAGGCCAGAUCAGUGCUGGUUAUGCUCCCGUCCUGGACUGCCACACUGCUCACAUCGCCUGCAAGUUUGCCGAGCUGAAGGAGAAGAUCGAUCGCCGCUCUGGCAAGAAGCUGGAGGACAACCCUAAAGCCCUCAAGUCUGGAGAUGCGGCCAUCGUGGACAUGAUUCCUGGCAAGCCGAUGUGCGUGGAGAGCUUCUCCGAGUACCCUCCGCUGGGUCGUUUCGCGGUGCGUGACAUGCGUCAAACGGUGGCUGUGGGUGUGAUUAAGGCCGUGGAGAAGAAGGUCUCCACCACUGGUAAAAUCACCAAGUCCGCCCAGAAGGCCCAGAGGACCAAAUGAAUGUUGUGCUACUCUGCCGACCCCAAGGUCUCCCAAGGCAGGACAUCAGUCAUCCACCUCCAUCCUACAAUUGGCUGCUUCAACUUAAUAAUCAAAAACUGGUUAAUCAUCACAAUGCAUCGCAAGAGCAUUCGAAGGAAAGAACAACCCGUAGAUCAUUAGUACUGUAGAUGGUACUCCCGACUGUAUUUCAGUGGUAAGAUUAUCAUUACAUAGUGUAAUAUCGGAUAGUUUUAAAUGUGCACUGUUGCUUAGUUCCAUGAUACCUUUCUGUGACAAUGAGACAUUGAACAAUAGCGCUGUUGCAAUUUAUCCCAUCCCCUGCUCCCCCUCUGUACUGCAGAUACUGGUGUCUUUACAUGGUACGUGUUUGUUUGCAACUAUGUGAUACUUCGUAGGAGCAAGACGUUAAAACUCUGUUCUUCUGAGUAGUAGAUGAAUAGAACUUAGAAGUGUUUUGUGGUGUUUUAAGAUAUAAAUGGUCCAAGUUAGU